GUUGUUUACCCGUGCAAUAAUGCCCUUGGCAACCUAGUUUACCUCACCGUCUCCCUAUGAGCUGCUAAAUGCCCACACUGAUGUAGGAGAACGCUUCUUCUCAAGGCCGUUGGGGCCAAAAAUGGAAUCCGAGCCAACAAUAGAGUCCGCGCAACAUUACCUUAAUAAGCGCAAGUAUAGGCCGCUUGACGUGAAGUCCUGGUUCGAGGGCUUCCUGCGGCUAAUUGGAUGGAUUCUAGUAAUUGUCCUAUCUGUCGCGACUGGCGCGAUAUUCAUGGCGUAUGAGCUCAAGGUCCUCAACCGCCAUGAUACUGACUUUCGAGACAUGUACUUUGACCAACGCAUCACCAAUGACAUCAACAACCGUUACCACAAGAACUUCGUGCUUGCGGAAUACUGCUGCAAUAUGGAUCCUGUCUACUUUCCGUACUACCAGUCCUGCAACGAGUCGUACCCGUACGAAGCGUACGGAUCAGAUUCGCCGUACUGCAAGCCUUUAAUCAUAAUGGAGUGUGCGGACAUCCGCAGCGCCGCAUGCAACUCGACCCGUGAGGUGCUCUACGCCGCGGUGGGCCUCAGCCUGCCCUCCCCGCCCGGCUCCCCGCCCGCCCCCUCGGACUGCCUGCGGGCUGGGCGCGUGCGGGUGGGCGCCAUGCAGGUGGCGGCGGGGCGGCCCGUGACGCUGGUGGCGUACUGGCGGCAGCAGCCCACGGGGGACACACUGGUGCUGCAGAGCCCCUUCAGCAUCAACUCCAGCCAGGUGGUGGAGUUCGUGGAGGGGGUGGUGGCGGGGGUGGCGGCGGACCAGGUGGACUACGUGCAGCCCAGCACCCGCCUGAGCUCCAGCAUCUCCCUGGCCGGGUCCCCCGCCGCCGCCCAGAUGUCGCUGCUGCACGAGCCGGUGCGGGGGGUGCGCGCGCCGCCGCCGUACAAGGCCAUCUCCAACCUGUGGCCCUGGCCCGGCAUGAACGCGCGCUGCCAGAACACGGCGGUGGAGCAGGCGCUGUUUCUGAAUGGUACGGCCACGGUGGUGAUCCCUCGCUUCUCCCUGGCGUCCCC